UCGCAAAUAUAACCCGCACCGAAUAUACGCGGCGCGGCCAAGCUGCCGUGCGCGACCCAAACCCUCCUCUUGCCUCCCACGCCACCGCCGCCGCCGCCGGAUCACGCGAUGGCCGACCCGCGGCUGUACCCUACGGGGUCCGGGUCCGACGACCGCCGCGACGCCGCCUACCCCGGCUCCGAGCGCCGCCUCUACAACCCGUACCAGGACCUCAACCUCCCCUACCGGCAGCUCUACGACCUUCCCACCUCCCCGGAGUUCCUCUUCCAGGAGGAGGCCGUCGCGCAGCGCCGGUCCUGGGGCGAGAACCUCACCUACUACACGGGCGUCGGCUACCUCGGCGGCGCCGUGGCCGGGGCCGCGAUGGGGCUCCGCGACGCCGCCCGCGGCGCCGAGCCCGGGGAGCCCGCCAAGAUCCGGGCCAACCGCGUCCUCAACUCCUGCGGCAGCUCGGGGCGCCGCGUCGGCAACACGCUCGGGGUCAUCGGCCUCAUGUACGCUGGGAUCGAGAGCGCCAUGGUCGCCGCGCGAGACCGCGACGACUGGAUCAACAGCGUCACGGCCGGGCUCGGCACCGGCGCGCUCUUCCGCGCCGCUAACGGGCCGCGCUCGGCGGUCGUCGCCGGGGCCGUCGGUGGGGUUCUUGCUGGCGCCGCCGCGGCUGCCAAGCAGGUUGGGAAGAGAUACGUCCCUGCCCUCUGAAUCUGAUUCCGGUACUUCCCCCUGCCUUGCCGUGAUCAAAGUCAAAAUCAAUUCGUCGCGUGGAUGUCAUUUCUUCGUUUUCGUUAAUUAUUUGGGAAGAGUCUCUUCUCAACAUUCCUAUAUAUUGUUGACAGCCAUAUGCUGGUACUAUAUAUGUCAAUGAUCUGGUCUCAUCAGAUCACAAAAUUUUUGGUCUGCCUUGCAAUGUAACAUUAGCUGCUAGCUGGUAUCGACACAAUAAUACUGCUUAUUGCAUUAUGCUGGAGAACCCAUGACAUUGUGAAAUGUAAUUUUGAGUGUAGUGUAGUUUUGCUACAUUGUCGCUGUUUUCCUAUCUCUAAAGAUGGAAUUCUUCGCCAGCCUGGCAUGUUUUGAUCUGUCAGUGAAUUGUUUUAGAAGACAAAUCUUGUA